GCGGCGCGCGCUCAUUCGGUAGACGGCGCGCUCGACGCGAACCUCGCGUCGCCUGGACCACACGUGUGUUGCGAACUUACUGUGAUACUGAUAACUGAUAACAGUGCACCAUGCCUAAGAACAUCCUCGCGGAGAUGGGCUCCCAGGUGGGGCUCACUCCUAAUCGCCAGAACAAAAAGAAUGAGAAAUUAGAAUGGAAAAGAAGACAGAGUGGGCCUAUGGUCAACCCUUCAUUCGAGCCCGACGACUUUGCUCCACAAAGUUUGUCGCCGGUGAAGGACGAGAAGGCGCCGGGCGCCGACAAGGGCAUCUUCCUCAUCAGCAUGGACAAGGACGGCCAGGAGACUGAGGAGUACGAGCCCUAUGAGAACAGGGUCGUUGACCACCCCACUACGAACACGGAAACCCUACUCCAUUUGCUGAAAGGCAGUCUGGGUACCGGCAUCCUGGCGAUGCCGCGGGCUUUCAUGCACUCGGGCUACGUGAUAGGGGUCAUAGGGACCGUGUUCAUCGGCGUGUUGUGUACCUACUGCAUCCACGUGCUGCUGGACUCAUGCUACACGCUCUGCAAGCGGCGGAAAGUGCCCUCCAUGACGUAUACUGCUGCAGCAGAAGCCGCACUCUCCGAAGGCCCUGAUUGGUGCAAAGCGUGUGCACCUUAUGCCGCGCAUAUAGUCAACGCAUUUCUCUUGGUAUACCAGAUCGGGACAUGCUGUGUCUACGUGGUGUUCGUUUCGGAAAAUAUUGAGCACGUCCUGAGGACACAGUUUCAGAUCCAUAUUGAACUGAUUCACGUUCAGACCAUCAUCCUAAUACCCCUCAUAUUGAUCAACUGGGUGCGAGACCUCAAGUACUUGGCUCCGUUCUCAGCCAUCGCGAAUGCCAUCACAAUAGUCAGUUUCGGCAUGAUCUUGUACUAUGUGUUCCGUGUGACGCCCACGUUCGAGGGGAAGGAAGCCGUUGGGAAGUUGAAAGAUUUUCCCCUUUUCUUCGGAACUGUGCUGUUCGCCUUGGAAGCUAUCGGUGUGAUUUUACCGUUGGAGAAUGAAAUGAAGACGCCUAAGUCGUUCGUGGGCAAGUUUGGUGUGCUGAACAGGGCUAUGAUCACAAUCGUGCUGCUGUAUGUAGGCAUGGGUCUCUUCGGGUACAUGCAGUAUGGAGACAAGGCCUUAGCCAGCAUUACGCUUAACCUGCCGUCCGACACUGAAGUGCUGGCGAGCGUGGUGCAGUGUCUCCUGGCGUUCGCUAUCUUCAUCACGCACGGGCUGGCCUGCUACGUGGCGAUCGAUAUCCUAUGGAACGUGUACCUCAGCUCCUUCGUGCACAACGCCAAGCACCGCGUUUAUUGGGAGUACUUGCUGAGGACAGUCAUUGUUCUCAUCACUUACGGUCUGGGCGUGGCGGUGCCGGAGCUGGACCUGUUCAUCUCACUGUUCGGUGCGCUGUGCCUGUCCGCGCUCGGGCUCGCCUUCCCCGCCAUCAUCCAGAGCUGCACAUACUGGCACUACGUUUCCAGGUCCGAGCGCAUUCGCAUGAUUGUCAAGAACGCCUUCGUCGUCCUCUUCGGCAUCCUCGGCCUCGUGGUUGGCACCUACACCUCCCUCGAACAAAUCGUCUUCAAGUUCUCACAGCCCGUCAACAGUACAAUCGCCGCACAUUGACGCUCGUAUCGAGCCGCAAUGUGCAUUAGCAAUAAACAAAAGUGCCAUCUUGAACAGCGCCCGACUUAGACGCAAUGUAGUUAAUCUAAAUGGUAUUGUUUUAUUUGUGUAGGUAAGUUAUCAUUUUAAAAUGUUUUCCAUGCAAUCGUUACAAAUAGUGUAAGAAAUUAUGAAUUGUUAUAAAUAAAAUGUUGACUCUUAAUUUUAAUGUAAAUAUAUCGUCGCCAAGUCGACGACCACACGUUGAACACGCCACGAGCGGGCACACGUUGAACACGCCACGAGCGGGCACAUAGGCCAAGCAUCUUGCGCCUCUCACUCACUGAAACCGCGACAUUUUGUAUUAUAUCAUAGUGCCUAUAUUAUUAAGAAAACAAGUAUUUAGCUUGAUAUCCUAUGACAGUGAGAUUCUAUAACGAGUGAAGAAUGGCAUUUUGUUAGUUUAAGUAUAAGUAAGUACAACUGAAAAAGCUUGGGAAUUGAUUUAAAAUCGACGUUCUAUAAGCAGGUAUGUACCUACAUUUAUAAUUUUCUAAACAUUUAAACUUAGGCUACUUACUGUUCAUUUAUCCACAUAUCGGCAAAAAAAAUCGUUUUUUAAAAUAAAUAGUCUAAUGACCAAGAAUGACAGAAUUUGCUAAAUCGUGUUACCUAACUGUAUAGAAUAGUUCGCAUGAUAAAUAAUGACAAAUUUUACAAACUUUUAAUUUAUGAAUACAAUAUUAAUAUAAUAAUUAUUUAUAAGUAAUAGAUUAUUAUGGCAGAACAAAAAAUAAAUGAUGUGAGUUAUUGAGCUGCCAGUCUCCUUCUUACAAUGUUUACCUAACUAAGUACUACCUACUCAAAAUUUGUAUAACCUUCCACAUUUUUCUUAUUUGAUUUUUAAAUUUAUUUUCCUUGUAAGCUCACGUUUUGACAUUCUUCCUAUCCUUUAGUCAAAUCAUACUUAGUUAUUUUAUAAUUAUAAGUUUAGUAUAUAGAUAGCUUGUCAGGAUGACUGGUGCUACUCGUCUCAUGUAAAGAGCGAUACCAUUUUGUGUUAUAUAGCGUUCAAAGCUUCAAUUCCGUACCUGUUAAUUCUAUAUUUUUACGUUAAUAAUAAAAUAUCCCUAUUGUAAAUUCUCACAUCUUCUGAUUUGGCCUUUCACAGCAAUUUCGGAAAAUCCGGUCAUAUAUAAUCGUUACUGACGCAAUCUGUGAUGUUUGUUAGUUAAUAAAAUAUUAUACCUACUUAUAUAUUUAUUAGGACACAUUUUAGUUUAAACUGUGUUAUUGUAUGAUGUGGUCCAACACGUCAGUGAUAUGAUAUUGUGCUCAGAGCGAUAUUUUGGGAACGAAACCCUUUAAAUAAAUAAGUUAUAAAUUAUUAA